UCAGCGAUCGCGCAAACUGUUGUUAUCUCAAUUCCCUUUCAGACGGAAUCGGCGGACGGCAGUGAUGGAAGAAAGCGGAGGGAAACUCUGGGGUGGCCGGUUCAGCGAUCGCCGGAUCGAUCAAGUGAUGGAGCGAUUCAAUUCUUCCAUCAGUUACGACAAGCGCCUCUGCUACGUCGACAUUUUGGGUAGUAAAGCGUACGCUGCAGGCUUGUUCAAGGCCGGACUGGUAGACCAGCUGGAAUGUGCCGACAUUUGCAACGCUCUGGCCGCCAUUGAGGACGAAUGGCGCAAUGAGACGUUUGAGAUCCAUCCAUCUGACGAAGAUAUUCAUUCAGCCAAUGAACGACGCCUCAAAGAAAUGAUAGGGAAGGCAGGUGGGAAAUUACACACGGGCAGAAGCCGGAACGAUCAGGUGGCCACCGAUUUGAGACUUUGGUUGCGACAAGAAAUUGAUCAAUCCUUGGACAAGUUUCUUGUUCAAAUUAUCCAGAUAUUGAUCGAACGAGCUCAAGACGAAAUGGAUAUUCUUCUACCUGGCUACACCCAUUUACAGCGGGCACAGCCCAUCCGCUGGAGCCACUAUUUAUGCAGUUACGCCUGGAGUCUAUGGUCAGAUGUGCAGCGUUUGAUUCAGUUAAGGGAUCGAGUGAAUGUGAUGCCUCUGGGCAGCGGAGCAUUGGCCGGCAGUCCGUUCCCGAUCGAUCGGCUUUAUCUUUCGGAUCUGUUGGGUUUUGAUAACAUCACGCCCAAUUCUCUGCUGGGUGUAGGCGACCGCGAUUUCGUCGUCGAGUUUCUUUCUUGGGCGUCAAUUUUGAGUUCUCAUCUUAGUCGACUGGCCGAAGAUCUGAUCAUUUAUUCGACCAAAGAAUUCAAUUUUGUGACUAUUGCGGAUGCCUACAGCACUGGAAGCAGUCUCAUGCCACAAAAGAGGAAUCCGGACGGAUUAGAACUGAUUCGGGCUAAAGCCGGACGAAUAUUUGGACACAUGGCGGGUUUCUCAAUGGUUCUAAAAGGAUUACCUUCCACCUACAAUAAGGACCUACAAGAGGAUAAAGAGGCUCUGUUUGAUGUAGUGGACAAUCUUUACGUAUCUCUUCAGGUCGCUGCCGGAAUCCUAUCCACUUUGAAAAUAAACGAACAAAGGGCAAUGGGUGCGCUGAGUUCCGACAUGCUGGCCACUGAUUUGGCAUACCAUCUAGUGCGAAAAGGCGUGGCUUUUCGUGAAGCUCACGCUACCGUCGGAAAGGUCGUAUCAAUGGCUGAGGAUCAAAAGAAAGAAAUGUCAGAUCUAACUCUUGAAGAACUGCAGACAGUCAGCUCGGCAUUUGAUUCAUCCGUUGCAAGUAUCUGGAAUUACGAACACAGCGUAGAGCAGUAUCAAGUCGCUGGUGGGACCAGUCGAAGGGCGGUUCAAAAACAAAUAGAUGAUCUGAAGGCACUUCUUGAAUUGCGAAACAUCCCUACCGCUUCCAGUAGUACGGCAUUGUGAAAGAUGUAAACGAAUCGAAUUAGUCGUGUCAAAUAGUUUUAUUAUUCAUCCACUUAGAAAUCUCAGAUGAAUAUUUUGUGGUGAUAACACGAUACACUGCUGUAUUUUUCA